GUUAUCCUGGAUAAACGACUCCCAUCAUGCAACACUCUGUUGUUAGUGAGCUGGGAGUCACAUGCAUAUUACAUGUUGACUACUAUCUCCCAAAGAAUGACCGAACGUGGCCAAAAUUGGACCGACAACGAGACAUUUGAACUCAUUAAUGUUUGGGGCGAAGAGGAAAUCCAAGAGGGACUCGAAAGCUGUAGGAAUAGACAUAUUUAUGAACUUAUACGCCAGAAGUUAUUGGAAAGGGGUAUUCAAAGGACAGUCCCUCAGGUUAAGGAACGGAUGAGAACUUUGAAGAAGACUUAUAAAAAAUAUAUCGAUAUCGAGAGUAAAAGUGGUCGGAAAACGUGUCGCUUCUUUGAUAAGCUGGAUGAAGUUUUGGGCAAUCGUCCCCCGUCUAUACCUAUGAUGUUACUAGAUAACCCCAUGUCUACUGAGGUUAAAAUUGAGCAGUAUUCAGCAGACGAACAUCUCCUUAAUGACAAUGACAAUGUGCCAGAAGUGAAGUGUAUUUCUGAUGCAGAUGCUGAGGAUUUGGCCAUGAGUUGCAUUGCUAUUGAGGAAACCUCCCCCAGUAGUCGAUCCCCUACACCGUUACAUACCAACCAGUUGCAGACAUCACCUAUCGGACAGUUGUCAGGUAAACAGAAAAGGAAGCCUACUGCCAUGGAGCAGACUCUGUCGCAGAUGAUCGAGACGUUCAUGGACAAACAGCUGGAACUGCAGAACGCUUUCUUCGAGCAGGAGGAGAAACGCAUAAAGCUGGAAUCCGAGCUCGAGGACAAACGUCGCCAGGAGGAGCGACAGCACGAAAUCCUGAUGCUACAGAUGAUCCUGGGAAAAUGCACAGACCCACAAAUGGCUGAAAUAAUCACGCCUCCGGCAUCAACGUCGACGGCAACAUCAUCUACAUCAUCAACAUCAUCAUCAUCAUCAUCUACCUCUAAAAUUCAGACUCCGUGUUCAUUUUCAUGACCAUAGCUUUAUAUUUUUACAGCACAAAGAGGGAAAAAAAUAUUCUUUUGUUCCUCUUUGUUUUUAAGGAAAAUACGUCAAAUUAUGAACUUGUAGUGUUUAUUUUAUGUUUUUUUUUUUUUUAAAUAUUUUUCUUUCCUUUUUCUUUGUCUUUCUCUUUCUUUCUCUUUUUCGUCUUUUCUCUCUGAAAAACAGUAUUUUUUUUUUUUUUUUAUAAAUGUAAUUUCUUUUCUUUCAGAAAGUUUUAAUAUUUUUUCUUCCUUUUUACAAACCUUUAUAUCAUGAAUAAACGUGUAUAUUCGUUACAACACACACACACACACACGCACAUGCAUACACACACACACACACAAACAUAUAGACAUGCUUAUAUUGUAUGUCUGUCUGUAUGUAUGUAUGUAUAUAUAUGCACAGCCACACAUACAUACCUUCAUAUAUAUGCAUAAA